AUGUGUGGACAGGUGUGGGCGACGGGUGGCGAUGCCUUCAAUUUGCCGGAAAACGUGGGAAUGCCUAUUGCAGAGGACGAGGAGACAACGUAUUUCUUAUUUGAGAUCCAUUACGACAAUCCUGAACUCAUGGGUGGAUUAUACGACUCAUCGGGUCUGCGAUUACUGUAUACUCGGAAAGUGCAAUAUCGACUCUGUUUUUGGAGUAAAGACCGCUUCGAGACACAGAUCAUGAAAAUUCCGUUUGUGUCCUUCAUUUGGUUAAUGGAUAUCCAGGGAAUGGAGGCUAUCUUUAUAUGGCAGAUAAUGGGGGCCAUCAGGCGAUUCCAGUGCAAUUAUUCUCGACUCAAAAGUGCAUCGGAUUCAGAUGGCACCCAAUCAGACGACUCUGAUUCAGAUGAUGAUAGCGGUCAUAGUGGUCAUAGUGGUCACCCACCUAUCUAUUCAGGCGGUGGUCAUGGCCGGUGUCCGUACGCCAAACACUACGGAGAAAACGAUGACUCCUAUGACGAUCUCCAAGACUCCCCCCAACAAAUCGAUAGUAAUGCCAACAAACCCAAA